CCCUCACUCUAUAAAGAAACACCCCUUCCGUGUCGCCAUUUUGAUUCCCCCACACUCUUUUUCAACCAACCACACGUACUCAUGGCCACCGUCCCCUCCGCCCCCGUCGCUAUCCCCUCCUUCACCGGCCUCAAGGCCACCGGAGCCACCGCAGCCAAAGUCAGCGCCGCCGUCAAGGCCCCGAGGUUCGGCGGCAUCAAGGCCUCGCUCAAAGACGUGGGAGUCGCCGUGGUGGCCACCGCCGCCAGCGCAGUGCUCGCCAGCAACGCCAUGGCCAUCGAAGUCUUGCUCGGUGGCGGCGACGGUUCCCUCGUGUUCGUUCCCAGCGAGUUCUCCGUGGCCCCUGGGGAGAAGAUCGUGUUCAAGAACAACGCUGGUUUCCCACACAACGUUGUCUUCGACGAGGACGAGAUUCCCGGUGGCGUCGAUGCGGGGAAAAUCUCUAUGUCGGAAGAAGACUACCUUAAUGGGCCUGGCGAGACUUACAGUGUUACUUUGGAUGCCAAGGGUACCUACAGUUUCUACUGUGCGCCUCACCAAGGUGCUGGUAUGGUCGGAAAAGUCACUGUUAAUUAGUUAAAUAAUAAUGCGUGUGUCGAGUAAUUAAGCUUCAUCUAAUUUCAUUCUCAUAUAUGUCUUGUUUUUGUAGAAGAGCUUAAUUCAUGGUUGUUGUUAUUAUUGGAUCACUAUUGUAUUGUAUGGGAUGAAUGAAUGAACGGAUGAACCCAUAUAAUACCUUCGUGUAAUUUCUUUACUUUCUUUCCUUUCAGAUCGUUGGUUCUCCCUUUCAUUAGAUGUAUAAGCUUGAAACAACGACUCAACUGAGAAAUAAACACGACUCCUUAAAUA